GCCCUACAUAUCCGAAGGAGCAUAAGAUGAAGUACCAAACCAAAUCCAGACCAACACUGCAGCCGGAGUUGAAUCUCUUCCGGGCUUCCGCCACGUUUAAGUCUGUCUCUCACGAAGCCCUUUUGUUCCCCCAAUUUCAUCUUCGCUCUCUUCGUAGAAAUUGAACCCUUGCCUUUCUUUCCCCUUUUCGAUUCGUUUCGAAUCGUUUGUUCUUAGUUUCGAAGGAUUUGUGGAUGGUGAAGACAGAUUAUUUGAGGAAAUUGUGAAAGGGAUUUUGAGCGAUUGGUUGAGAAUUGGAUAGGAAUCUAAGCAGGCAAUGCCCAUUUAUUUGGUUUGGAGAUAAGUGUUAAACGUCGUCGAUGUCUUGGGCAAGCGCGGAAGAUAUUUACCUUUCAACUUCUCUUGCCAAUUACCUUGACAAGAAGGUUCUUGUACUACUUCGAGAUGGUCGAAAGCUAUUAGGAAUCCUCCGGUCAUUCGAUCAAUUUGCAAAUGCUGUUCUUGAAGGAUCAUGUGAAAGAGUGAUUGUUGGUGAUCUUUACAGCGAUAUUCCUUUAGGUCUCUAUGUAAUUCGAGGCGAAAACGUCGUUUUACUGGGCGAGCUGAACAUGGAGAAAGAGGAGCUCCCUCCACACAUGACUCAUGUCUCUGCUGUGGAGAUUAAAAGGGCUCAAAAAGCAGAGAGAGAGGCUACAGAUCUUAAAGGGACAAUCAGGAAAAGACUUGAGUUCCUUGAUCUGGACUAAUAGCUGUGUUCAUAAUCUUGGAUUUGUUAGCUUUCUUGUUUGCAAGUUCUUCAAGUUCAACAGCUGCUCGCUCAUUGCCCAGUAAGUUAAUUUGAUCAUAUGUUGGUUUUUUAUGAACAAUUGAGAGCCUAUUUUUGUGGCCAUAGUAUCUAAACAUUAUAUUGUCGACCUUCGAUUUCUCGUGUAAUGUUUUAUUCGAUAAAUAAAAAACGUUUCCUCUUAAUCCAA